CUGAGGCGGAAGCAGGCUCAUUUGCAGCCAUGGCCGACUGGCCGGGGCUGGCCACAGACUGCGAGGCGCUCCUGAGGCAUUUCCAAGAAGUCGAGAGCGUCCGCUUCGAAGACUUUGCCACUCUAUGGAGGCAGCAACGCUUCCACACCAUUUUCUAUGGUAAAAUAAGGACCCCAGAGCAGAUUAAAUUUACAAAAGAGGCUUUAGCUCUGGUAUGGACGUUCUUCUUGCCACCUUACACUUUCCAGAUCCGGGUCGGUGCCCUGUAUAUUCUGUAUGGGUUGUACAAUACACAGUUGUGUCAGCCAAAGCAGAAGAUCAGGAUUGCCCUCAAAGAUUGGUCAGAAGUAAUGAAAUUCCAGCAAGAGCUGUUAGAGGCAAAGCAUUAUGAUGCAGCUUACAUCUUCAGGAAGCUUCGUAUGGACAAAGCAUUCUAUUUCACAGCAAUGCCAAAAUUUCUUUCAUUUAGGACAAAAAAGGUCACGCGUGAUAAAGUUGAGCUGAAGACAGAAUUCAGUGAUCCAACUGACAGAGUUGCCAUGCUGAACCCAGCAGAGUUCUUAGAGGAAAUGAAGAACAUUCAUGACCACUACCAAAAAAUGAAGUGCCUGAUCUCCCGAGACCAGUCCCAGCCAGACAAGGCUAUUGAUUUGAUCAAAGAUGACUUCCCAGCCAAUUUCAAGAGUGUUGUUUUAGAACACCAGCAGUGGCAGAAGAAUAAGAUGGAGUCGCCCUUGGUUACUACGGAUAAAGAAGGAACAGCAGAAAAAGAAGUUUCUUUGCAAGGGUUAGAAGGAUCUGAAAGAGCCAGAGCAUUAGCUGACAUUAAAUCGAGAUCAUACUCUGCAGUUGCUGCAGCUUCCAAGUCAAGACGUCACCGUCAAGUUCAGCUAGAAUCCUCUGCACCCCGAUCAGAUCAAAGGAAAACAAGAUCACCUAGAACUGAAAGAGCCAGGCAAAGGGUACAACCAAUGCGGAAGAUAGAAACCCAACAAAGUAGAGCCAUGUUGCAACCUACAAGAGAGCAAAGCGUCAAGAGUCUGAGCAUGCCUACGAUAGCAGAGGAUGAUGCAGAAGGAGCAGAGGAAGAAGAAAUAUCUGACCACUCCAGUAGUGAAGAGGAGCAAAGUGUCAAGAGUCUGAGCUUGCCUACAAUAGCAGAGGACGAUGCAGAAGGAGAAGAGGAAGAAGAAAUAUCUGACCAUUCCAGUAGUGAGGAUUUUGUACCCACCAAGAAGAAGAGGAUUUGAGAAAUCAUUCAGAGAGAAAAAACAUGUGUGAAUUGGAAUAGCGCAAUCAAAAUCCCUCUUCAGCCAAUGGACAGGACAAGCGGAAUGGUUUAGGACCAUAUUGCAAAAUGCCGAUGUCUGUGUUUGUUUUAAGAAAUCACAAAGACAUCUCAAAGUAGAGGUUAUAUUUGAGGAGCUUUGAGUAUUCGAUUUGAUAUAGAUUUGUGUGCUGCAGAGUGGAUUUCAUCAUCCUUCUGUGCCUUCAAUAAAUGCAUAGAGAAGCUUGAAUGUUUUCUAAAUGUAAAUUUGUAAUAACUUAUUUGGCUGAAAACACCUCAUUUCCAAAAUAUUUUAACUGUGUUAAUUAAAGGGAAGAGUGUGUUUUAGCCUUGAUGCUGCUUAUGUAAGAUAGGUAUGUUGAUUAAAUUAUUGUUUUGCAACUUUGUAUGCACCCAAAUUAUUUUUACUGCUUCAUCUUUUGAAACCUGAGGCCAGUAUCAUUGUUUCCAGUUUUGUUUUCUUUCUUGGUUAAUAUAAUUUGUGAAUAAAAAACGGGAGGUUCCAAAUGAA